UUUUCUACUUUUGGAAAAGUAAAUGAUCAAACUCCUUUACCAAAAUGGAUCAUACUCGCCUUGUUCAUCAAUUGGAAAUGCAAUUUCUUUGCAAGUAUUAUUUUCCUUUUUACCUGACAUGAUCAAGAGCUUUGGAAUUUCAGAUGAAGAUGCUGGAUAUUAUGUUGGUUUGGUGGCAUCAUCAGUUUUUGUUGGGAGGCUUAUAACAAGCUAUUUGUGGGGCUGGUUAUCUGACAAGAUUGGUCGAAGAAAGGUUUUGCUGAUGUGCACUAUUAUUAUUGGAGUUUUUAUGAUUGCUUUUGGCUUCUCAAACUCAUUUGAAAUGGCAUUUGUGAUAAGAUUUGUGAUUGGUUUAUUUGGAGGUGUUGUUGGCACAACAAAGGCAGUACUUGCAGAAAUCAGUGAUAAUACAAAUCAGGUAAAAACCCAUAAUACUUCUAUGGCAUUUCAUCUAUGAGUUUUUACUGCGUUCAUCCUUAGAGUUUUGCACA